CAGAUACCUGAAACGAGAAUCAACAUGGAAUUACUAAAAUUAUUGUUAUUUGGUAAUCUAUUAUUCAUUGCUGUAAAGGCUAUUACCGACAAAGUCUUGGAUGAAGACAAAUGUAUAGAUAGGGAGUCAAUUGAAUUAAUACAAUAUGAUAUCGAAUUAAUAACAUACAUCAACGAGAAAGACUAUAAGAACAUAGAAACAGAUAUAGAUAUUUAUAAACAAUUUAAACCAUAUUUCGACAAGCAACGAGCAAACGGCGAUUUCAUCUUCCAAGGUCAAUCAACUAUGUUUUUUCGACCUAAAAGUGACGACGUAAACAUAAUAUGUCUGAAUUAUAAAAACCUGAUAAUAGCUACAUUGGCCACAGAAAUUACUUAUUCUUCUAGUAAUGGUACAAGUACGACCAUUAAACCGAGGUCGCAUGAACUUAGUGGACACAAACAAACUGUCGCCCUUUAUUUUGAUGACGUUGUCCCGUCUAACUUUUAUAAUUAUCGCCUAAUCAUGAAAUUUGUCGGUAUGAUAACUGAUAAUACAGGAAGCUUUUACAAGACACCCUACAUAAACGAUCAAGGAGAAAAAAAAUGGUUUAUCGCAGCAGCCGAUUUCCAUGGGGCUGGGGCCCGAGAAAUAUUUCCAUGCUGGGACCAGCCAGAUAUCAGGACAAAGUUUAACAUUUCCAUAAAGAAUAAUCAAAAAUACAUAGCUUUAUCGAAUUCACCGAGUGAAGACUACGUGGAGACUACAGAUGACAGCGGGAUGGUUUGGACACGCUUUAAGACAACGUAUAAUAUAUCCGCUUAUCACGUAGCGGUUGUACUGUCCGAUCUUUAUCCCAUUUCUGAGAAUGUAUGGGGCAGGAAAAGCGUGGAAUCGCACAUAAAAUUCGCACGGAAAAUUGCUGAAAAUACUACCUUGUAUUUGAAAAACAAGUUUCACAAAGCACAAUUUCCACCGAAAGUAGAUCAUGUUGUAAUCCCGUGUUCCCGAGACGAAGGCCUGGAAAGUUGGGGACUCGUUCUUUAUAGUGAAGCAGCUAUUAUCUACGAUGAAAAGUUAGAUUCCAUUGCAUGGAAAAUUGAAGUAGCUCGCAUGGUAGCGCGUAAAAUGGUACAUCAAUUAUAUGGCAACCUAAUCAGCCAAUCCUGGUGGUCUUAUAUGUGGUUAAACAAGGGUAUUGCUUCGCUUCUGACAACGGAGAUCAUCAAAGAGUAUAUAAAUUAUCGGUACCCGGAUUUAUUCGCGGUACAACUUCAAUAUGAGUGUCUCCGUUUGAAUGAUUAUUAUGACAUGCCUCUUGUAUCAAAAGUCGUUACACGCGCAGACAUAAAUUCUCUUUUCUCUUUUACUUAUUACGUUAAAGCACCUGCAUUUGUACGUGUAUUGGAACAAAUGGUAUCUCCAGAUACAUUUCAAACAGGUCUCAAAAAGUAUUUAAACAAAUACCAGCUUAGAUCCAUCGAUAUUUCGACUAACACAGCUGACAAAUUCUUCGAUCUUCUACUACGUUACGACGACGUAGCAUAUGGUCAUUUAAAAAAGACAUUGACUGAAUGGUCGAAACAAAAGCGCUAUCCCAUACUGGAAGUGACGCAAGAAUCUUCAGGAGAUCUGGCCAAAAUAAAAUUAUCGCAAGAAUAUGUUAAUGAAACAUAUGGGCAAAACUUGUGGAUACAUGUGACUUAUGAUACACAGAGCCGUGGUGAAGACAGCAAAUGGCUGAGUCCGGACAAUCCACAUUUUCACCUAACUGAUAUUUUUAAAAACGACUGGAUUGUUGUCAACGCACGACAAACUGGAUACUAUCGUGUUAAUUACGACAAGGAUAAUUGGGAAAAACUUAUGAAACAUCUAAAUUCAGAGGAAUUUGAGUUAAGUCAUGAGUUUAUUCAUGUACUGAAUCGUGCUCAGAUCAUCAGUGACGCAUAUUAUUUUCUAUUAAGAAACAAACUUGACUUUCCUUUCUUUAAAAAUCUCACAUACUAUUUAUCAAGAGAGGUAGAUUAUAUAGCGUGGUAUCCAAUGUUUAAAAUUAUGGAAGAGAUGUCAGGCUUUUUCCCAUUUCCAGAAAGUACGGAAAUCAAGGAACACCUUCAGAAGAUCUCGGAAUCUGUUCUGAGAAAGAUAAUACAUACAGACAAAAAUGUAGCUUAUGAAUUUACUGAAUGUUUAAGACAAGAAGCCGCAAAAUGGGCAUGCAACCUCGAUUCUUCGGAGUGUACUCAUAGUGCCCAUCUGAAAUUAACAUCACUUCACAAAAAGCGACUUUCGCCGAUUUGGAAGGAAUGGACAUACUGUAAAGGACUGAUGUCAGCGAGCAAUAGUUCAUGGAAUGAAGUGUUUCAUUCAGGAGUAUUAGAUAAUAACCUUUUACGAUUUUUAGCGUGCACUAAAAAUCAUACCGUCAUCAUCGGUUAUCUCGAUUUAUUAAAAUCGGAACGUUUUACUAAAGCACAAUAUCGUAUCACAGUUUUCCAUUCCAUUAUUGCACGACAUGCGAGAAAUGAAUUAGUGCUCACUUAUAUUCUAAACAAUUUUGCAAAUGUUGUACCUAAGUAAGAUUAUUCUUUACACAAACACAUAUUGUUUAAAAUUGUAAAAGUUUGUUAUAUGUAUUAAUUGCAAUUAUAUUUGGAAUUUUGUUUUUACAGGGAGAUUAAGAAGAUUGUAGCGUUAACAGAUAUUAUUAAUAAUCUGUAUAAUAUAGAUCACCUUGAGUUUAAGGUUUAUAACUACGUACGACGGAAAUUCUCUGAUGAAAUGGGUUCACGUCUUAACACAAAGAUAUAUAAACGAUUGGCACAAAUCACUGAACACGUUGACUAUUUCAAAAGCUUUUUAAUGACGAAGUUAAUUUAUGCCUAAGAAUAUUAUGUACUUAUCUAUAUGUAAUUUCAUGUAUUCUAUUAUUAUAUAAAUAUAUUUUUAUGUUUUA